GAGGGCGGGACGGAGGGGCCGGGCUGAGGCGAAGCUCUUGUUGCUGCUGCCGCUGAGGCCGAGGCCGAGGCCGGGUCGGGCGGUGCCGGGAGCGGAGGAUCAGAAGUGAGACCCGUUGCAGUGUAGAGCCGUUGCCGCCCGCCGCGCGGUGACCCCGCGCCCAGGUGCCGUGCGGCCCGCGGUUGCUCCCAGGCGGUUGGGGGCGCGGCGGCGGUUGGGGGCAGGGAGAGGCGCGCGAGCUGGGCGCGGGCGGCACUUUGAAGGAGCACUGCGCCCGGAGCCGCCGUCAUGUCAGAGGACUCGAGCGCGUUGCCCUGGUCCAUCAACCGGGACGACUACGAACUGCAGGAGGUGAUCGGGAGUGGAGCAACAGCUGUGGUCCAAGCGGCAUAUUGUGCCCCUAAAAAGGAGAAAGUGGCAAUCAAACGGAUAAACCUUGAGAAAUGUCAAACUAGCAUGGAUGAACUCCUGAAAGAAAUUCAAGCCAUGAGUCAGUGCCACCAUCCCAAUAUUGUGUCUUACUACACAUCUUUUGUGGUGAAAGAUGAGCUGUGGCUAGUCAUGAGGCUGCUAAGCGGAGGUUCUGUUCUGGAUAUUAUUAAACACAUUGUGGCCAAGGGAGAACACAAAAGUGGAGUUCUGGAUGAGCCUACCAUUGCUACAAUACUCAGAGAAGUGUUGGAAGGGUUGGAAUAUCUGCAUAAAAAUGGGCAGAUUCACAGAGAUGUGAAAGCUGGGAACAUUCUUCUUGGAGAAGAUGGCUCGGUACAGAUUGCAGACUUUGGGGUUAGUGCUUUUUUAGCAACUGGUGGUGAUAUUACCCGAAACAAAGUGAGAAAGACCUUUGUUGGAACUCCUUGCUGGAUGGCACCUGAAGUCAUGGAGCAGGUCCGUGGUUAUGAUUUCAAAGCUGAUAUCUGGAGUUUUGGGAUCACAGCAAUUGAACUGGCCACAGGGGCAGCUCCUUACCAUAAGUACCCGCCAAUGAAGGUUUUAAUGCUGACACUGCAGAAUGAUCCUCCUUCUUUGGAAACUGGUGUUCAAGAUAAAGAAAUGCUGAAAAAGUAUGGAAAAUCAUUUAGAAAAAUGAUUUCAUUGUGCCUUCAAAAGGAUCCAGAGAAAAGACCAACAGCAGCAGAACUGUUAAGGCACAAAUUUUUCCAAAAAGCGAAGAAUAAAGAAUUUCUUCAAGAAAAAAUAUUGCAGAGAGCACCAACCAUUUCUGAAAGAGCUAAAAAGGUUCGCAGAGUACCAGGCUCCAGUGGCCGUCUUCAUAAGACAGAAGACGGCGGCUGGGAGUGGAGUGAUGAUGAAUUUGAUGAGGAAAGUGAGGAAGGGAAAGCAGCCAUUUCACAACUCAGGUCUCCCCGAGUGAAAGAAUCAUUAUCAAGUUCUGAGCUGUUUCCAACAACUGAUCCCGUGGGUCCUUUUCUCCAAGUUCCAGAACAGAUUUCUGCUCAUCUACCUCAGCCUGCUGGGCAGGUGCCUGCACAGCCGACCCAAGGCCCUGCCCCAGCCCCCGCAGAGCCAGCAAAGACAGCUCAGGCUCUGUCUCCAGAAGCAGGCUCACAGGAAACCAGGGUCCCAAUCAGUCUUGUACUAAGAUUAAGGAAUUCAAAAAAAGAGCUAAAUGAUAUUCGAUUCGAAUUUACUCCUGGGAGAGAUACAGCAGAAGGUGUCUCUCAGGAACUCAUUUCUGCCGGCCUGGUCGACGGAAGGGAUUUAGUAAUAGUGGCAGCUAAUUUGCAGAAAAUUGUGGAAGAACCUCAGUCAAAUCGAUCCGUCACUUUCAAACUGGCAUCUGGUGUCGAAGGCUCAGAUAUUCCUGAUGACGGUAAACUAAUAGGAUUUGCCCAGCUCAGCAUCAGCUAAACUACAGCCCUGGACAGGCGGCCUAAGGAGAUUCCACACACGCGUCUCUCUGUUGCUUCUGUUGGCCUAAACCCACUACUGCCAAAGAACCCAGCAGCAAACCUCCCAGCUAGGAGCUUUAGAGGUCUGUCUUUAUGUUCUCCCUGCCAUCCGCCCCCUUUUCCCACAGGGAAAAAGGACUUGGAUCACCAGUGGCCAGCCAGCAUCCCUCUACGGUCCUGUUAGUAAACUUACUGCGCGUGUCCCUGUCUUCCUUCCUCUGGGAAUCGGCCAGCCCAGUCCAGGGAGGGAGGUUUGUCAGCCCAUCUCCCCUUCCUUGAGGUGGUGUGGGGUGGAAAGCAGCAGCUCCAUCAGGCUUCCUCAGCCCAGCAGUUCCCCUACCCCUGACGGGGUGCGGGCAGCUUGGAUCUCUCUGCCAUGAAGUAGCAAUUAAAAGUUGAUUGUUCACCUGGAGCCCAGAGACUUUAAUUGAGUAAUUUGACUUUUUAAAAUCUGAUGUGAAUUCUAGCAGCCUUGUUAGGAAAAGCACAGCCUCGGAUAGAGGCAGCCUCAACUGUGUCCUUGUUUUGUUCAUGUUCCUAAGCAUUUUGCUGAAGCUGCUCUCAGGCACCCCUCGUCAUCACUCCCUCCAGAAAGGGUCACUAGCCUUAACUUCAGCUGGUGCACAAUGUCUGACAGUAGUUGAACUUCAGCCUUGGAUCCUUCAGAGUGGAACUCGGGACUGCCUCUAGAGAAUACAGCAAGUUAUCACUUCUGAAAGUGACUUUUCUCAGCAGUGAUUUUUGAACAAGAAAAAUCAUAAUUCAUAGCAUUGUGGAAGUAUUUAUUUUCAGAUCUUAAAAAAUUAAAAAAAUUAAAUUGAAGAACAACUGCUCCUCAAUCCUCCCAUUAAAACCAACUUGCCUGGCCUCCACGCCAUGAGGAAAUGGAAGGCUGAGAUUUCUACAGCAAUAAAGGAGACUCACACUGGGCCUGAGAGGCCUGCCUUCUGCCCCCUCUCGUGCACUGACCCUUUGGAGGGGGCCACGCAUCUGUGUGCUGAACCUGACCCAAGGUGGGAAGUGAAACCACAUGUGCCGUGACUUAGGAUUUAUGAGUAGACAGUGUUCAUUUGAUUUUCUACAGAAAUAAUAUAAAUUAUUCUUUAGGUUUAAAAAAGAGCACUCAUAAUGCAAUAUGUGAAUAACCAGUGGGUUGAUUUUCUUUCCUGCUGUUUCACAGUCAGCCUUUGUCUAAUUGUAAUUAGCCCUAACAAGUUUUGUAUGUGAAAGGGAUACUCAGUCUGGCCUUAAAACGACACACAAAGAUGGGCUUUGGCCCCUGGAAAGGGGAGAGUUGGCGCUUACAGAAUUACUUGAGCCCUUUCCAGCACUGAUAGUCUCUGAAUAACAUGAUCAUUUUACCUCGUGUUCUCUCAGAGCAUCUCUGAAAGCUUUCCCCACAACAGAAUUGUCACAGUUUUUGUUUUGUUCUGAGCUUGUAGUUUUAGUCAUGGGCUUUCUUCACCUGCCCUGGAUGCAAAGGCAUGUUGGGAAAGGGAUGGAUGAUGGAUGGAGGAAGAGGGGGUGGGUUUGGGAUGGGAGUUAGGGGGAAAUACAGAGGAUCAGACGCCAGAGUCCCAGGACCCAGCAAGAUUGGUAAGAGGAGGGAUCCUAGAGAGAGAAAAGAAUAUUUGAUCAGCUUGCUGAAGAAAUAUUUAGCUUUUCUUUUUCUUUAUUUGGGAAAGGAGUGGGGGAAAUGAGGAAGGGAGAUGGGAAUGAGGUAUGAAAAAGAGAGUGUCCUCUUUGGCUCAAGACAGUGGUUUACCUUAGAGUCUGUGUUAUGGUUUCAAGCAAGUCCAUUGUAAUCUGCUCAUGAAUCCCAGGGGUGGUGGUAGGUUGUACUACUCUGUUUGGGCACUCUUGUCUGGAGGUGUCAGGAGCCCAGGCUGGGAGUGAGCCGCAGCCCACCCCCAUUCAGCUUCUCCAGCCAGCCACUGCCUCUGAACCGUGGUGGGGAAGGCAUGCCGUAGAAGUGGGCUGCAGCUUUCUCCUCUUCUGUCUGUUCUUUACCCUGCUGGGAAUGAGGAGGCAGGCACCAAGCCCGAGGACAGUGUUACUUCUGCAUGAUGUAUGGUAGACUCCCUUUGCUGACUUUUGCAGUGACGCUGAGAAAAUAAAUGGACAGAAACUUCCCAGGUGGGACAGCAUGUGACCUGGUGGGUGAACUUGCUUCUUCCCAGGAGUGGCGGUACCUCUAUCCCUAGGUCCCCUGGGGUAGGGAAUGACUUAGCACAAAGUAACACGUGCCAAUGCUGUUUGUGAAGUGUAUGGUCUUUCUAAAUGACUAAAGGAUUUGUUUGGGUUUCUUGCUUAAGUUUGGAACCAAAUUUUAGAGCCAGCUGAUACUAUUUAAAAAUCUGGAGGAUAAAAUAAUGAUGUAUCAUUAAAUGGAGCUUCCUCCUUGUGACAUAUGCUAGAUUAUGGAAGAUGUAAAAUAUUUGACUUUCUCUCCACUUUUUUUGACUUUGUAUUUUGCUGCAUGUUUCCUUCAUUUUUAAUCAAUAAAGAGUAAAUUGUC